AUGAAAUUCCACACUGCUGUCGGUGGUAUGAUCGUUUAUUUGCUAGCGAUCAUCACUGUUAGCACGGUAAAUAGUGCGGAGAACCCACGAAUAAUCGUAAUCGGUGCCGGCGCUGCCGGUAUAGCGGCGGCGAGUCGUCUCUAUCAGCGAGGCCUGAAAAACAUCACCAUACUGGAGGCAUCGCACCGCAUCGGUGGACGUGUCGCUACAACUCCCUUCGCCGGUGGAGUUGUAGAACUUGGCGCACAGUGGUGCCAUGGUGAGAAAGGCAACGUGGUGUACGAGUUGGCCUCAGCGUAUCCCGGUUUACUCGAACCAUCCAUCGUUACCGACGGUGCUACCUUGGUACGUUCCAAUGGUGUACGUAUCGAUGAAAGCACUGUUUUAAAGGUCUCAACUAUGGCUAAUGAGAUCAUUACGUCGGUCGAACGGGAGGAUUUCGCGGGCAGUUUGGGUGACUUCUUUACGGAAAGGUACUGGCAAACUUUGCAAUCAGAUAACGAAUUUAGUGACAUAGAUCGAGAGCUAGCCGAACAGUUUCUGGUGUUCUAUCACAACUACGAGCGCGGAUAUGCGGCCUACGAUACGUGGUUCGAGGUUGCUGCCAACGAAACUGACAAAUACCAAGAAGCGGAAGGAAAUCCGACGAUCGCUUGGAACAGCGAGAAAGGGUAUUCUAUCAUCCUCGAUAUUGUGUCAGGCAAUUAUCUGGCAGCAAUGAAUACAACCCCGACGACACCGGUGCCCUUGAACCAGCUCGUUACGUUCGACAAAUUUGUGUCUAACAUUCAGUGGGAUGGAACAUCGAAUCAGCAAGUUCGCGUUACCACCGAUGACGGUUCCCAAUACGAAGCUGAGCAUGUGGUUGUAACUGUUCCACUAGGUGUACUCAAAGAGAACCAUCAGGCAAUGUUCACACCAGCGCUACCCGUCAUCAACCAACAGGCCAUCACCGGAAUUUACUUCGGAACGGUCAACAAAAUAUAUCUUCUGUUCGACAAGCCCAUUCCGGAAGAACUUUCCACCUCGCUGUCCCUGCUUUGGUACAAGUCCGACCUGGAAGCCUUAAGGCGUUCCAAACACGCAUGGACAGAGGCAGUGUCCACCUUAUUUCGCGUCGAUCAUCAACCAAACGUGCUAGCCGCUUGGUUGAAUGGGAUCGAAGGUCGUGAGGCAGAACUACUACCGGAUGAUGUCAUCCAGGCAGGUUUAGUGCAUCUGUUGAGUAUUUUUGUCGGGAAUCUUAAUUUCGGUAACGUGCAAGGUGUACUAAGGUCCAAAUGGUCAUCGAAUCGUCUGUUCCGGGGAUCUUACUCUAGUCGAUCGAUGACGACGGAAAAGUUGGGCACUGGAGCGAAAUAUCUUUCCACGCCUUUGACAGAUGCCACUAACAAACCUGUGGUAUUGUUUGCCGGAGAAGCUACCAGCCGCUUCCAAUACUCCACGGUUCAUGGCGCCAUCGAGAGCGGAUUUCGUGAAGCUGACCGUUUGCUCAAGCUGUAUCAGUGA